AUGAUUCAUGGACCAUGUGGAACAUUAAAUCCAUAUUCGCCUUGCAUGGAACAUGGAAAAUGCUCGGAAAAGUUUGCAAAGGAGUUUCAAAAUGCGACUCUGGCAAAUAAAGAUGGUUAUCCACGAUAUCACAGAAGAGACAAUGGAAUUACUAUAAGCAUAGGCAAAUAUGAACUUGAGAAUAGAUGGAUAGUUCCGUAUAAUCCAUACUUAUUAAAGAAAUACAACGCUCAUAUCAAUGGGGAAAUAUGUGCAACUGUUAAGAGUAUUAAAUAUUUAUUUAAAUAUAUUUACAAGGAACAUGAUUGUGCAAACAUUAAAACACAUGUUGAUGCAAGAUAUGUAAAUGCACCUGAAGCUGCAUGGAGACUUUUUGAAUUUCCAUUACAUGAUAAAUCACAUGCUAUCAUCCGAUUGGCUGUUCGUCUUCUAAACUUGCAAUCGGUUUAUUUUAGUGAAGGAAAUGAAGAAUCAGCAUUAAAAAGAGCAACUGUAAAAGAGACCACUCUCACGGCAUGGUUUAAAUUAAAUUGCAAAACUCCAGAAGUCCGAACAUAUCUUUAUCAUGAUAUUCCUCAAUAUUUUGUCUUUGACCAUAAUGGAAUAUGGAAACGUCGCUUACGAGGUGAAAACGUUAUCGGCAGGAUCUUUGAUGACCUGAAAACAGUAGACGGUUAUGUUUGUCUAACAUUUAUUGAUGCUGCUAAAAGACGAGGUCUGUUACAUGAUGAUACAGAAUAUCAAAAGUGCAUGACUGAAGCAAAUAUCUUCCAGGUGCCACAACAACUAAGAACACUGUUCUGUGUAAUACUUCUAUACCGUAAUCCUACAAAUCCUGUAGACCUCUGGAAUUUAUUUAAAACACAUAUGGCUGAAGGUUUCAUGAUUUAUGCUGAUGUGAAAACAUCAGAAGCAAUGGCAUUACGUGCAAUAGAGGGAAAACUAAAAGGGCAAGGUCGCAGCUGUAAUGAUUUUGGCAUAUCAGUACCAUCAUCCAUUCCGUACUCAUUUCAAUCAAAAACCAUCAACAAAGAAGAAGAACUUUGA